AUGAGCAACGAGAUUGAGGUUGUGGUCGACUCUGGGUCGGAUGCCUCAUGCUUGCCGCUGUCCUGGGCACACGUCGGAAGGGCUGAUGGAGCAAGCCUUGAUAGUUUCAGGGAUGCCCAGGGUCGCAUGAUUAGGGGUUCGCAAAUGCGUACGGCAGUGCUUCAGAUUGACGGUGUUCAAUUUAAGGAGCGGUGGCUGUUGAGCAGUGUGACACAGCCGCUUUUCAGUGUCGGCAAGUUGCCCAGGCGGGGAUGGGACAUCAUCCACAGUGACGGUGUUCCUUACUUGACAAAUCCUGGGGGCACAGUGCGCGUGCCUAUGCACUACCGGCACAAUUCCUUGCAUGCGCGAGGCUCCAUCAUGAGCGUGGUAGUGUGUGCCAACGACUGUUUGAGCGAUGACAGAGAGGACGAUGCGGCCCGACACCACGAGCCUCAGGAAGCCGAGCUUGAUGAUGAGCAAGUGCGCGGCAACGACCAGCAGGUCGAGGUGCCCCGGAGUGCUGAAGCAGACAGCCCUGUUGCGGCUGCGGUGCGUGCGCUUAAGCUUGGCAGUGCAUGGCUGAACCUGGGUAGCCAAUACACCGAGAUGCAGCCUGGAAUCUUUGCUAGGCAAGAUCAGUCGGAUCGGUUUCUUGAUGUGUCAGUGCCUUUGAGCCACCAUGGAGUGGGCUUCCGCACUACCCUUCAGUAUGACGGUGCCGAAUGGAAACUGAUUGAAAUCAACUGCUUGAUCAGCCUCUUCGAUGAUCUUGAGAAGGAGUUCGAGCCGAAAGGAUCCCGCCACAUCAUCACCGUUGGCUCUGUUGACCCCUUGCAAGUAGAAAAGCUGUUUGAUCAUCAGCCUGUAGCGUGGAACGAUGAGAGUUAUGACGGUGAGUAUGCUGAUGCACCGCCUGAUGAAAACAUGCUUGAAGAGGAUGAAAAGGCUGAAGAUGUUGAUGAAGGUGCCGGUGUAGGACCCGUGUCCCUCGCCGAAGCAAGUCCGGAGGAAAGCAGACGGCCAUUGCCGCUUGAACAAAAGUUUGUCGAAGAGCCAACUGCAGAGCAGAAGCGACGGCACGAGCUCAGUCAUGUGCCGUAUGCCGAUUGGUGCCCACACUGUGUAAAGUUCCGCGCCAAAGCUGACAAACAUGUGUCGAGCAAACCUGAGCUGCGGGACGAUUCGGUGUGCAGCUUCGAUUUUGCUUAUACAGGACGGAGCAGCCCAGCUGAGUUUGAAGGUGCGUCAAAGGACAAGCUUGUUUGCCUUGUGAUCAAGGACUCCCACACUGGAGCGAUGCAUGCUGUGCCAACGCCAGCCAAGGGCGGACCGGUUGCUUUCAAGUAUCUUGUUGCCGAAGUUUGUCGGUUCUUGAAUUACUGUGGGCAUGAGUCCGUCACGAUCAGGUCUGACGGUGAGCCAGCUUGCUUAGCACUUCAGCAGGGCAUCAAAGCUUUUAGGACCAAGAUGGGGUUACGCACCCACUUGGAACAGACCGAGCCAGGUGACCACCAGUCAAAUCCUUCGGAACAGGCCAUUGAUAGCAUCCGGCAGCUUGCAGGAUGCAUUCUUGACCAGUUUGAGGAGCGUGCCCAGACAACUGUAGGUGCAAUGCACCCACUGCACGGCUAUGCUUGGAGACACGCGGCAUGGCUUCACAUGCGAAUGUCGCGGCACAACGACCUCAGUGCGUUUCAGGGAAACUCGUUUGUUUUGGAGAAAAUGUUUACGCCAGAGUCAAGAGCAGUGUAA